CUUCACCUCCCUCCCUUUGCAAAACCGGGCAGCUCUGGAAGGGAGCGCUUGGUCGCUUGGAGCAGCAGGAGCUGCCAGGGUUGGGUGCCUGCGUUUUGGGGCUUGAUCCCUUCGAUCUACCCACGUUUUCCUCUUGAGCCCUUGCUUUCCCUUCUUCAUUGUCUAGGAGGAAGAGGUGCUUGGAUUUCAUUGAAUGCCCUUUUCCCUUCUCCCUCUGGCUGCGAAAUUCAAAGGCAGUUUGCAAAAGGGACUGGACUGACAUCAUCCGGAGACCGGGAAAAAUAAAAGGAGAGGAAGCAAAGAAGGAAGAGGACUAUAAUUAUUUUAUUUUUAUGUCUACCUAAUUUUUUUUAACACUAGGAAGAAUAACCUCCAAGCAGGUUGAUCGGUGAGCAAAUAAUUCCCUCCUACCAGCCAUCUCUCUCAAAUCUAGCCUUGGUUUUAUUAACCUCCGGUAAGUAGAUUUGCUUCUCUUGCCAGAGGCUUCCUAGAAAGGAUUGCAAAGCUUUGGGACUUGAUUCCUUUUCAAUUUAAAGGCAUGGGAAACUGCAGGGCAGGGAAUACUUUGUGCAGAAAUGAAUGUAUUUCCUUCUCUUGCUUGUCUUGACCUCCUUGAAAUAUUAUAAUUGGUUUUUUUUGGUGAAUAUAUAUAUAUAAACAAAUAUAUAUAAAAACGAGGAUGUUGCAAUAAUUUUUUUUACGUUCGGUGGGAUUUUAACAAAACUUUCAAGAAAAGAAAGAGACUUUACGUGUUCCUCUUAAUAUUGAGAUAGCAGACGAUAGACAUGGCCAAAAAUUCAGUAGAGGGUUCCAAGGAAGACCUGACCAAAAUGGCAGAAGAAGACAUGCUGAGGUGGAGCAAAGAAGACUUGGUGAAGCGGCUCAAGAAAGUCGAGAACGAGAAGAUGAACGUCAUGGUGGAGCACAGCAACCUGAUGAAGGACGUCAACCGGAGGCUGCAGGUCCACCUGCACGAGAUCCGGGGCUUGAAAGAAGUCAACCAGAAGCUUCAGGAUGACAACCAGGAGCUGAGGGAGCUUUGCUGCUUCUUGGACGAUGACCGGCAGAAAGGCAAGAAGCUCUCCAGGGAAUGGCAAAGGUUUGGGAGACACACCGCUGGGGUGAUGUGGAAGGAGGUGGGGAUGUACCAGCAGAAGCUGAAGGAGCUGGAGACCAAGCAGGAGAUCCUCCUGAGAGAGAACAUGGAGCUGAAGGAGAUCGUCCUGAUGUUGGAUGAGGAGAGGAAUGGGGCCGGCUCCCGCAGCUCCAUCGACAGCCAGGCCAGCCUCACCAACUUGAACGGAGGCUCCGGCACCCGGGAUGUUGGCGACGGGAGCAGUACUUCCAGUACCGGGAGUGCAGGGAGCCCCGAUCACCACCACCACCACCCCCUUCACCACCACAAACCUGUGGAGAACAAGGCUGGAGCUAUCCGGAGGUCCAUGGAUGACCUUUCAGCACCGCUUCACCACAGGAGCAUUCCCAAUGGCCUCAAUGAUUCAUCAUCCAACUACAUCAGACAACUUGAAACAAAAGUGAAGCUGCUAGAGGAUGAUAAUAAACUUCUUUCUCAACAGUCAACAACUGGAGAUUUGAGGACUCUGCGGAAAGGGUUAUCCCCGUACCAUUCGGAGUCCCAGCUGUCAUCACUGCCACAGUAUCAGGAUGCCAUGCAAAAUGGGCCCAUUCGUAUGACUCCUGAUCUCACUGGUUCUCCAGCAGUGGGCUAUGUCCCCAUAAGCCAGAAACCCGAGGCUGUGGUGCACGCUAUGAAGGUCCUUGAAGUCCAUGAGAAUUUGGACAGGCAGAUACAAGAAAACUAUGAAGAAGACCUGAGUGAAAAGGAGAAAGCAAUUGUUCGUGAAAUGUGCAAUGUGGUCUGGCGGAAACUAGGUGAUGCUGCAAGCUCCAAGCCAUCCAUCCGGCAACAUCUUUCGGGUAACCAGUUCAAGGGCCCUUUGUAAGAAACCUCACACCACAAGACUGGGAGUGGAAAGAAUGAGAUGAACAAGGACUUCUCUGCCUCUUGCUGCCACAGCCGUCUCUCCUGCUGGCCCCCAGUCCUAUACCUGUUCAUAGUGUAAAUAAGGCAGCAGCUCAAGGCCUAGAUAGUAGGCUGACCUGAUCCAGAACAACACUACGUGGGUUCAUAACAAUCCUCUAGUGACCCAUUUGUGUCACUUGUAUUGUAGUGGGGGAAAUCACCCCAAGCCUGCUUUCUUGUAUGAUCAUGUGUAGAAAUACCUAAACCCAAGUGAAUUCCUAGGAGGAAAAAGAAACAAGGAGCCCCUACCUGUGGAAGAUUUACACUUUUUUCAUUUGUGACGAUGUGUGGACCGGCACCACACAAGCUCCCUGCAGUUUGCUUUUGGGGAAAGACUGAGGAAAACUGCAAGUAUACUUGUUGUUUCUAUGCCCUUUGAGAAGAACAUUAUUGUCAUUUGGCUGGUCCCAAAAUGCCACAGAUUUCUAAGGACUGGUCCCAUAAAGUUGCAGCCUGCAUCCCACCAAGAUAAUAGCUUCCCAUUGGAUCAGAGACAGAAAAAAUGCAGCCUCCCAGAGACAAGUCCCAGUAUUCCUUACCAUUACUUCUGGGAUUUACAUUCCCGCAAUAUCUUGAGAGCUCUAUACCAACCUCUGCUCUAUGGAGGCAAUCUUUGAUUAUUUUGUUGUCACCUGCAGGGAUAAAUAAUUAGGGGAGGUUUCUCCCUGGAGCAGGAGAAAACAAACAUUAUUCCACAGUAUUGGAAUGUCCUGAAGUGCUGCAGGGGAAUUAGUUUGUGUAGAAAAACACAUGGGCUUCUUGCCUAAAACCUGUGCUGAGACUCUAUUGCUGACUUAAUUAUGAAUGUAUAACUCAGUAUUAUCUCCUGACCCAACACCCCCCUGAUGUACUUCAACAGCCAGCAGCAGCAUUGAGUCAUUACUCAAUGAAGGCCUGUUCUUCAGGGGAUUGGGAUGCAGUAGAAUGAUAUUUUCAUUCCCCUCUUUCCAGCAAAAUCUGCACUGUGAAGAGUUGCAGCAGGGGUCCUGUUUCUGAUUGCCACAGACUUCCUUGCUGGUAGAAGGGAGAUGUGAACAUCACCUCUCCGUGACCUGAUUGCCAGUAGAACAGACCACCAUUACACAAUGCAGCUGCUUGAUGGUUAAGAGGGCAAGCAAAUCACCUGUGGCAAGGAGAAAGAGGAGGCUCUACUGAAAUUAGGUUGCUACCCCACCUGGGUCCUGUUACUGUAGUUGUAUCCAAGUGUUUCAGGAAGUGGGGCUAAACCUAUCAGAGAAGCCAUGUUCUUCAUAGCCGUUCACAUGACAAAACUUGGAAAUACUAUACAGCAGAGUCUCACUUAUCCAACAUAAAUGAGCAGGUAGAAUGUUGAAUAUGCAAAAAUGUUGGCUAAUAAGGAGGGAUUAAGAAAAAGCCUAUUAAACAUCAAAUUACGUUAUGGUUUUACAAAUUAAGCACCAAAACAUCAUGUUUUACAACAUAUUGACAGAAAAAGCAGUUCAAUACAUGGUAAUGCUAUGUAGUAAUUACUGUAUUUACAAAUUUAGCACCAAAACAUCACAAUGUAUUGAAAACAUUGGGGAGUAAGUUUGGUAGAUGAAAUGUAGUUACACAUUCAUAACUCUCUGUCAUGUAGGUUCUUGGCAAAUGUUUCCAGGUUUUACAAAAGGUACGCGAUCUCAGCCUUUCCUUCAUGAUCAGAGCCAGCCCUAGGUAUUUUUCAAGUGUAGGCGAACAGAAUUUUGGUGCGCCCCCCCCCCCCUCCAAACCAAUCACUGAAAAAUAAAAGCGUUGGAUAAGUGAAAAUGUUGGAUAAUAAGGAGGGAUUAAGGAAAAACCUAUUAAACAUCAAAUUACAUUAAGAUUUUACAAAUUAAGCACCAAAACAUCAUGUUUUACAACAAAUCAACAGAAAAAGCGGUCUCGACUGUGCCCCCGUAUGUUUUGCGCCCCAAGCAACCGCUUAAUUCACCUCAUUGUUGGACUGGCUCUGUUCAUGAUACAUAAAAAUACCUGCUUCUUCAUCAAGGUUAUUUGUAUUCUCAGAUGUUAACUCCAUAUGGAGGACAUGCUGUGUGAGUCUUCCUUAUUCUCUGCUUCUUUUUCAUACCAUGAACAAAUGUUUGCUAUGCCAGCCAGCACUAUAAUUUUGUCCUGAUCUGACAUUGCGAAGAAUGAGAGGCAAUGUGCUUUUCCCCACCGCUGUAUUCUCACUGAAAGAAUAGAACAGAAUGGGUAAUUUGAAACUGUAAAGCAUAGAAAUAGCCAUUCCAGCUAUACAAAGGAAUAAGCUGAUUUUUCAGAAAAUUUGCUGCUACCAUUGAACCAUUUGAUGAAGUGCUUUGUAGAAUAUGAAUGGCCGAUCUUUAUAUGACACGCAAGCAGCGCUUUUGCAAUCUGCCAAAGACUUCGCUUACUUUUCGCAGGCUUCCCUCAUCUCAUCACAUACUUGUCAGUUUUCUUAAAAGUGGAUAGCGUAAAUCAGAAUGACAUUUGUGUAAAAUCAUUCUUAUAACGGGAACCUGUAGGGUUAACGCUAGUUCUUUGGACAUUUGCAUUUGUGUUUUGUAAUUAUUGUGAAGAUGUCACAGCUUCCAGAUAUUGCAGCCUGGUCUCAUAGUGGGCUAUGGUGCUUAUAGGUGGUUCAGUUAGUUGGACCUGUUUCUACUGGAUGCCCUUAUACAGGGUUUCUUUCUAAAUAAGUACCCACAUAGUUGUUCAACUAAUAUAGAACUGGAGGGUUCAUUUAGGAGUUUUCUAGUAUACUUCUUAAGCAGAGCUUGGAAACUCCAAUUUAGGGAAAAUACAGGUUAUGUUGGCUGGACCAUUGAGGAAGUUCUACUAUCUACGCAAAAUCUUUCCAGUCUGUGCUGUCAAUAAUGUCCACUUUAUUUAAACCACUUCCUAGAAAAUCUUUCUCUUUUUCAUUGCUCCUGCUUACUUUCUCAGUUUCUGUGACCAUUACUAAGUGUGUUUUAUGACCUAAAACCAUUGCCAGACCCUCCCUCCUAGUUCUUCUCACCUGCUUCCAAUCACUAUUUCCAAGCUGGGCUCUUAACUUGCUUGGAACUAAUACAGAUAAGAGUUUUUAUCCUUAACAUGUUUUUAGAAGUGCUCCUUCAACUAGUAAAAAAAAAGUCUGCUUGUCAUAGCAGAUUAUCAUCAUUAUCGGCACAUCUUUCAUUUACAGUUAUUUGGUUGUUGAAAUGUAAGAAUAGGCUUAAUUUAUAAAUCUGAUUACUGAGUCACCAGUCUCUGAGAAAGCCUGGUUGUAUGAAUAAAAAUUGGGUAAAUAUCAAGGAACAAGCAUUCCCCUUAGGUUUGAUCCUUAUGAAUAUUAUAUGGAACACUGGGUGGAAAGCUGUAAAUAGGGUGUCAUCCUUUCCCUAUCCCAUCUAUUUAAAUCAGGGAUGUGCAAACUUUGGCCCUAUAAUACAAUUUAGGGGAGUAAUGGGAAAGGCAUGGACCUCAAAAACUAUCAUUUUUCUCUGAUGAUCAGUCUUAUGAGGCAGAUAGGAACUGGAGUCAAAUGAUAUAUUAAGAAACACAGUUUAACCACUGCUAUUUUAAAUAUGCCCCCACUGGCAUGAGUUACUUUGAAGUCAUGGAACUUGUCUGAACAUGGGUACUACUGAACCAACCAAAGCAGAUUCAGAUGAAUGGGGCUACCUCCUUGGGAAAUGAAACUGCAACAACUGAUGGGGCAUUUAUGCUCUUUAGGUGGUUCAGAGCUUGAAAAUAGUUUUUUAAGAGUACAACUCCCAGAAUCCCACAGCCAGCAUGAUGAGGAUUAUUCUGGGAGAAGUAGUCUCAUUGGAGGACAUUUCCAAGUUCUGUUUAGAUGUAAGUUUAACUUGUUUUAAGUAUACAUUUUAAAUAUAAAUUGUGAAGACAGAAAUAUCAGGUUUAUGGUCAAUACAAGCGCAAGUAAUCAAGGAUCCUGGACUGGCUGCCUUUAGUGGAAGCUUUGGGACCCCAGAAUUUACCUUUCAGAGAAAGGACAAUCGUGUUCAGAAUCCACUGGUAGCUGUGUCAACUAUAUGGCUCAUUGACUUCUGCGAUGUGUGACACUGAGAGCAAAAGAGUCACCACAGUGUUUAGACAGCUGGAGAUAAGGGGAAGUCGCAUACCACAAACGUGCUUUGAUGCAGCUUCUUAAAAAAUGUGUGUAUUACAAGCAUUGUAUGACUUCUUUAUUACAUUAAUUCUGAUCACUGCAACAAACACUAGGUAAACAUGGCAAAAAGGCCACUAUAUAAAUAUAGUCUUGUUUCUCUUUCAGCCAGCAGACAACUUAGAUGCAAUAAAUACAAGGAUUUCACUAGUGUGGAAGAAAGUGGAGCUCAAUUCUUCCAUACACAGUCAGUCAACCAGCCAAAAAUGUUUUACUAUGAUAACUUAACUGAAAACUAAGACUUGGAGACGUGAUGAGAAAUAUGUGACUCUCUAGUUAUGGUGGACUGCAGUUCCUGUCAUCCUUCACUAUUCAGUUUGGCAAUACUAGCUGGGAGAUCAAAUACUCUCCAUUUCAGUAAGGAUGGGAAAUUAGCAGUUUUUGAAAACUGAAAAACACUGGCAUUUCCCCUUGUUGGGCAUGCUUAUCUCUUCCUUCUUCAUUGCUGUUAGUCAAGAUUUGCUAAACUUUUUGAAAAUGACAUCAUAAAAGCAUUGAAAAGCUAGUUCGCCAGAAACCAUACUGAGUUGAGGCCACACGUUGAUUGACAACAGUGCCAGUGUUGACCCAGUAGUGUUGUAUAAAGUUUGAUACACUCAAUUUACAUUGGUUCCUAGCCAUUUCCCCCUUUCCUCACACUCUUCUAUAUCUACCUGCAUCCUUUCCUUCUGGUGUUUGAAGAUUUAGGUAGACAUGCUUUGAUCCGUUUAGAUGCUGAAGCAUUUUAAUGAUGGCUGUGACUGUCCUCUGGAAUGACAGCCUUUAAAAAUAAUAAUGAGCAGAAUUUAUGGAACCCAACAUUUAUUCCAAACAAUACCAAUUUUUUAUUAAGUAAGGUAGUUGUUUUUAUAAUACUAUUCUAUGUUGGGAGGAAACCAAUGGACCAAGAAAAGUGGAUUGAGUGCAGGUCGCCAGAUGUAGUGCAGUCCCCUUUAUCCCUAAUCAAUAUAACUAGUGGUACGGAGUGCUGGGAAUUGCAAUCCACCAUAAUCUGGAAGACCAAACAUUUGCCAAUUCUAUAGUAGAGCAGAUAGGAGGAAAUGAGUAUUAAGGCACACAAGGCGCAAAUUAAAGGCAUAUUGUACCGCAGCCUUGCCCUAGUCAGCGUUUGGAUGGGAAACUAUCUUGAACGUGAACUCAGGUGUUUACAGCCUUGAGUUCUGCAGAGUAAAGGAUAGAAAUAAAUAACUACUGUAGUGUUUCUGAACUGUAUUCUCAGUUCUCCUUUCCGCAUGGCAAACCUUCUUUCCUGCUUCUCUCCUUGAAAAGCUAGACUGGACUGUCUAAGCUCCUGUGAUCUCCUCAACAGAUCAUUCAUUGUAUUGGAUCAUGGCAAAUCAGAUGACCAUGAUGUACAUGAGGAAGAUCGUGGCUCUUUGUGCCCAUACACAUGGCACUUGGGUUAUCAACUUGGAUAUUUUGAUGGGUUGGAUUUUUCUUUUCAGUCUGCUAAUCCAUUAAGAGAACCAGCCAGUCAAACGUUUUGUGCAAUUUAAAGCCAUUAAAGAAAUGUAAACUAAGUAUUAUUUCUAUAACCCAGCUAUGGGCUACUCUAGAAACUACCUGAGCGUGCAAAACAAUACAAAAGUGAAAAGGCAACCAGGAUUUUGUAAAGCUACUCAAGUGGAAAUGACACUAUCCAAAUAGAAGCAAAUACAUUGAAAAGUACUGCAGAUGAACUGGGUCUGGGACUCCACGGUCAUAUUUGCAAUAAGGCAUUUCUGUUUUCAUAUAUAACUAUAUUAAGAAGGCACACACAAAUGCAAGUUAUGCAUUGUAGAGUUCAGAGGCCGUGCUAUGUUUUGUUUUAAUUGCUACUUGAUAGUUUAGCUUGAACAGCUAAAGCUAGUGUCUUCUUUGGAGCGGAGGGGAAAUGACACUCGAUGACUUUACAGUAUGGUUUGCGUGCUUAAAAGUUCGGCUGUCCAAAAUUAAAAUAGCAAACGUUGGCCAUUGUGCUAGAAAAUGGUGGGGAAAAUACCAGAUCAACAGCUUGUUAACCUGGAACAACAGCUUUUUCGCCUCCUAAAUAAUGGCAAUAUAAAAACGUUUUUGCCCUUAAAAAUCUUGCUAUCACUUUCUCUUUUCAAACUAGAACUGAGCCAGGUACAAGGCACAAUUAUAUAAUUAUAGAGCAGGAUGUGUUGAACACUUUCUGAGCCUAGAAAUUUAUUUGCAUUAGCCUGAAUUCCAGUUUUGGUCUUAACUAGAGUAAUCCAGUGAACACUCAGUGAAGGAUUCAGUGUGCCUACUUAAGUUGGGACUAACUCGAAGGAAGGGUUUGGGCAACUGUUGGCAAUGAGCAGAGCUUACAGUUUCUUUCAUAGAAAAGUUCAUUUUGGUUGCUGCAAUCUCUCAUUUCAGCAACCAAAUUAAGGUGGAGAAAGGAGCUGGGUUUUUUGGUAGUUAAACAAUAGGGCACCAGAAACCAUUGUUUAUCUACCAUAAAUUGCCCAGAGAUCAACAGUAGAUCUACCUUCUACACACUUUCAAUCCUAAAGUAUAUUUAGCCUGAGUUGAAAUUUUACAUCUAAGUUUGAACUUGCUCUCAGACUUCACAGAAUUUUUCGUUGUUGGGUUCUUUCCCUCCUGUCAGCAUUUUCUUUCUGAGCAAUUAAUAACAUUUUCAUUUGGCGCAGGGGUAAGCAAAAUGCAGCUUAACAAACUGCAAAUGUCCACCUUGCAACGAUAAGCAAAAUUUCAUUUCAGGAUGGCAUGUUCUAGCCAAAUGAUAGCGAUAAAAACCAAUGGGUUUGGUUCAGAUGUAAUCAUACUUAAGUAGACCUAUUGAAAAACACUUUAGACUUCUCAUGACUAAAUUAAUUUCUGCCAAUUUUAGUGGGUCUGCUCUAAGUAUGACUCAGUGUGGAUCCAACCCAGUGUUUUUAAGUGACCUUUUAUCUUUUUAGAAAUUGGAGUGGGGCGGGGGAGGUACUACUGAACUUUUUCAAAGUGCAUGACUGUAAAGUGAUAAAAAUUGUAUAUUUUUCAUAAUGUGGGGGAAAGAGUCUAUUUGUGCUGCUUUUGGAAAUCAGUAUGAAAUUAUGAUUUCUGUUAAACCUGUGAUCUUAUAACCCUGCUAUAUUUUCUGUAUAUGACUGACAAAUAGAACUGGAAUAUGAUAGCACCUGUGCUCCUGUAUAUAAGCAAUGUCUGUAGAAUUUAGCACACGUUUAUACCUUUUAUGGAAAUACUUUGCUUUUGUGGGGGUGGGGAGGGGAAAGGGAGAAGAAAAUGUAAGCAGAUUUUUUGAUAAGUGUGUAAAACCUUCAUUUGAAAUAUUUUAGUAAAAAUUAAGAGAUUGUGAUAGUGUAUACAUUUGGUUGAAGAAAAUAAAAUACGUUAUUUGUAAGUGA